AUGCUUGUACUUGUGAUUGAUGCUUUUGCAACGGAGAGUUUUGAUAUAGCAAUGGACCAAUAUGUUGGUAAAGCUUUGUGUGAUACCAAAGAACCUGAAAUUUCCAGUAAUAUUGAAGAAUUUGAAGAAAGUGGCACUGAAGAAUUUGAAAUUAGUAGUAUUGAGACAUUUGAAGAAAGUAACACCACGAAAUCUAAAGGUUUGACUCUCAAUUAAUCGACUUGGAAGUUUCUAAUUCAAUACGAUUAAGAGUUGGGCCAAUACGUU